UAUACACAAUGAUGAGACUAGAAAAGAAUACUUACCAGAAAAGUAUGAUCCCUUGUUAAAUGGGCCUUCCCGCGGAAGAAUAAAAAAAGAUAUCACGUCGAUAAACGAUACUUCGAUCAAAAAGUUGAGAGAGAAGGUUAUGCUAAAUAGACUUCAUGCUUUAUUGUUGAUGUCUACUUUUGAAAAAAAGGAAAAAAAACCAUUACAAGUUGGUGAGUUCUCAACUUUAUCAUCAAGUUUCAAUUUAACGGAUUCAGAACAACUAACAAAAUUUUUAGUAAAUGCAAUUGAGACAGACGAUAAAAAAUCUUCUGCAAUAGAAAAAAUAGGUAAAGAAGAAAUUGGUAAAAAAGUCCCCCGAUGGUCAUACAAAUUAAUAACUGAAUUGGAACAAAUAUCGUAUUUUACAAAUCCACCAGAUGAUCAUGAUAUUCGUUCAAGAAAAGGGAUCAGUGUAUUAAUUUUUGAAGAACCUAAGACUCUCAAAGAUAAGACUACAAACAAAGAUAAGAAUACAAAAGAUACAAAUAUUCAAGCUAUAAAAUCCGACGAUAAUGAGAAAGAUAAAAAUAUUAAAAAGAAAAAGGAAGAUGAGGAUAAUAAGCUUUUUUUAUUACGAUAUCCGCACCAAUCUGAUUUUCGCCAAGGCUUAAUAAAAGACUCUAUGCGAACUCAAAGACGUAAAAUAGUUAUUGAGGGACUUUUUAAAGCAAAUGCGCAUUCCCCUCUUUUUUUUGACAGGAUGAGGAAAAAAACCUUUUUUUCUCUACC